UCUAGCGGCUUUUCCUAGGAACUUUUUCUGACUUGAGAACAAACUGCUCUGUCGGAGUUUGACGAACUCUGAAGAGAGGACUGCAAAAUCCGUUUCGUCAUUUUUUGCUGCUUUGCAUUGGAUUUAAAUUGGACUUACUAUAAACUGAAAUGACUUUUUACAUUUACUAUAAACUGAAAUGCAUGAAAUGAAAAGACAGUGCAAAGUAUGAGCACGUGAUUUUGCUUCAAAGAAAUAUUCUACAGACGUGUUGACGAAAAACAGAUGGAGAGAAGUUUCAGAAAAUAGUAGGCCUAGGAUUCAGAAGUUUCCUUGCUUCAAUCAAGAAUGAUUUAAUAAUCGUACGUGAGGUAUGGAAAUGAUUCAUCUUUCAUAUGAAGAGUAUGCUAAAGACUGAGCCUCUGAAACGUUCUUUUUGUGAUGGAAGGCGAAGGUUCGUGAUUUUUGCACAAGCAAACAGACGGAAUUGAUUUCAUGGCACCUCACUUGAAGGCAUAGAAAUAAAUGAGUGAAAACGACCUUUUAAAGUACCUAUUGAUCUUCCUUUGGACACCAGAAAUAUAAAAACUGUAUGACUCACGAUAGUGAAUAUGUUUUGCAAAUUACAGAACAGCUUUUAAGGUCAUAGUUAACGCUACAUCAAACAGGUGUAUUACUAAAAUUUGUGCUAUGUAAGAAAAUGGCAUAAAAGUAAAGAAAUUUGUAAAAUACUGCAAAAAAAUCACACACAGAAUAUGGAAUUUAGAUGCGACGAGUUCGUUCUGCUGACCUUAAAAUUAACUCUUUGAAAUUAAUAGUAUUUCUAAGAUCAUUUCUUGCAAUAUUUAAUGCAAAAUUCCCAAUAGAGGGCAAAUGAAGUGGUAUAACCAAUUAUUUAAAUAUAACCAAGAUUGAUUUGGAAGGAUAUAUGCAUAUCAGAAGAGAGACUUAUGGUUUGAAAAGAAUGAUAUAAAAUUACAACAUGGCAAAUAUUUUGAGAGUUGACAAUUCUAUAAGCAACAUUGCAAGGGAAGAAUGUUAUUUUAUUUCAGUUUUGAAAUUUUGGAGUAAUUAUAUGAUGUGCCUUAUUUCCUGGGAUAGCUUCCUAAAACGUCACAUCAUUCCUUUGGGGAGUAAACUAAAAGCUAUUCAUUUUUUGUUUUACUUAUUGUGCAUUCUUUGCAAUCUCACAAACGCACAAGUGUUUGCUAAAGAAUGUGACUUCAGUAAUUCUGAUGACGAGAUGGUGAUGACAUGUCGUGUAAGGACGUUUCAUGGCAUUGCCGAAAUCAGUCAACCAGAACUAGAUCAAUCUACUUUUUUAACAAUUUUCUGUGAUGAUCAAAAUCAAGAAAUUAAAGUCACUAAUGGAACAUUUGGCAAACUCAGCAACGUGCAGUCAUUGCGAAUUGAAAGCUGCAACAUUCCUCUGUUUCCUGAUUUUUCUUUCUGGGGCUUGUUCAACCUCAUGAAUUUAUCCAUUCAUCUAAAUAAAACGAGUGCGAAGCAGCUCUCUUUCCGAGAAGACUCUUUUGCAGGCUUGCAAAAACUGCAGACAUUAGAUCUCGAUCACAAUACUCUAAUCGUUCUACCAGCAAACUUAUUCUGCAAUUUGGAAAGCUUACGAAUGCUCAACCUGACUCACUGCGAAUUAGAUGAUGCCAGAAGCAUUGGUCUGGGAACAACGGAAAACACAAGAUGUCUACAAGAACUUAUAGUCCUCGAUUUGUCUUACAACAUACUGAAAAGCAUUCCUGAUGGAAUAUUUUCUUCUCUCGUGUCGUUGAAAAUCCUCUACUUAAACAAUAACCAAUUGUCAGAACUCUAUCCUUACGCUUUCAGUGGCCUUAGUAGACUACAGAGUUUGGAUUUGUCAAAUAACAGAAUUAGCCAUUUACCAGAACAAAUAUUCCAGCAGUCAACUGACAUUUUGGAGCUUUAUCUUCAAAACAAUUCUCUGAGUUCACUGACGCCCCGAGCGUUUCAAGGCCUAAGGCAGCUAGUGGGAUUAAAUUUGAGUUAUAAUUCUCUCGAAAAUGUAAUUUCGUCGGAAACUCUGGCGGAUUUAAGUCGUUUGUUAGUUCUGGAUUUAAAUCAUAAUCGCUUUCAAACGAUUACUGAGAUGAACUUUCAUUUAAUUAGGAGUCUGCAGAUAUUAUAUCUUAGUUACAAUGAAAUUCACAAUAUAAGUGAAAAUUCAUUUUCGUCUUUGAGAAAUCUGCAUACAUUAACGUUGCAAGGAAACAGAAUAAGGUACAUAGAUGUCAAUACAUUCAAUGGAUUAGAGUCUCUAAACUAUCUGUCACUGAGUAACAAUAACAUUGAGGUGAUACACCCUAAAGCAUUUACUUACUGUAAGUCUGUUCAGAAUUUAAAAUUAAGAUCAAACAAGCUUAGUGAAUUUCCAAAAGCUGUAAAUGAUUUGAUUCUUUUGAAACAUUUAGAUCUGACACACAAUCGAAUAUUCAAUAUCAGUAAUGCAACAUUUCAAGGCUUGAAAAAUAUUGUUAGCCUUCACAUGGCCCAAAAUAAAAUUGGAAAUAUGACUAAAGGAUGCUUUCAAGACCUGACGUCUUUGAAGACUCUGGACUUUUCAUACAACCGAAUACAAUCAUUAGGCCACAGUUUGUUUGACGAUGUACCAGAAUUACGUGUUGCAAAAUUUAAUGACAAUCAUUUAACUGAUAUUAAUGGUCUCUUCAUGAAUUUACGCUAUCUCCACACUUUGAAUGUGUCACGUAAUAAUAUAACAUGGUUCGAUUAUGCCCUUGUCCCUACUGAGCUUAAAACCUUAGAUAUUCAUGAUAAUGAGAUAGAUGGGCUAGGAAACUACUUUGAACUCGAACUUCUCAUGAAUUUGAGAAAUCUUGAUGCUUCACAUAAUAUAAUUCGAGAACUGACACCAUCAUCUUUACCCAAUAGCAUAGAAAUGGUAUCAUUUCGAUCGAACCGGAUAUCUGUUAUAGGACCUUUCACAUUUAUGGCAAAAACCAAUCUGUCAUUCGUUGACCUCAGGGGCAAUGCUAUCCGUCAUCUUGACAUUAAUGCUUUUCGACUUAAAAGUAUUCCUCCAAAUCAGCCUUUGCCCGAGUUCCUUCUUUCAAACAAUACUUUAAUAUGUGAUUGCAGUAUGGAAUGGUUGCAGCGAAUCAAUCAUUUGGAUGAGAGCCGUCAGUAUCCAAUGAUAGUUGAUUUAGGAGAAGUAGUUUGUAACGUCACACUCCCACGUCAAAAUGCUCUGUUGGAAAUGUCUCUAACUAAGCCUUCUGACUUUUUAUGCAGGUAUCAAAGCCAUUGCUUUGCAUUAUGCCAUUGCUGUGAAUUCGAUGCAUGUGACUGUGAAAUGAUGUGUCCUGAAAAUUGUACGUGCUAUUCGGAUCAAACAUGGAACACUAAUAUGGUAGAUUGCAGUCUUCGGGGCUAUUCGCACGUUCCUCACAGGGUGCCAAUGGAUGUUACUGACUUGUACCUGGAUGGAAAUGACAUGAGUCAUGUAGGAAGCCACUCCUUCAUUGGCAGGAAGAAUUUGCGAGUUUUGCAUUUGAAUAACAGUAAUAUUCAUAUUAUUCGGAAUCGCACAUUUAAUGGCUUACAGAAUUUGCUGGUAUUACAUUUAGAAAAUAAUCAUAUUACUGUGAUAGAAGGUCAUGAGUUUACUAAUCUAACCAAACUGCAGGAGCUUUAUUUAUCUCAUAACCGCUUGAAAGCGAUUAAGAAUGAAUCCUUUAAACAUUUAAAUUACCUCCAAGUAAUUUAUUUGGAUCACAAUCAUAUAGCAGAAUUUAAUGUGUGGAUAUUGGGUUAUAAUAAGGCCUUAAUCAAAGUCAAGCUGGGACAUAACAAGUGGAUCUGCGAGUGCUCUUUUACGGAACGUUUCAGAAGAUGGUUUAGAAAGCAUAAACCCAUCAUCGUUGAUGAAGGCAGCAUUCGAUGCACUUACAAUAAUUCAACCACAAUGCAUCUUAUUGAAUUCAGCAAUUCAACGUGCUCUAAUUUUAGUGUCAUUCCGUUUACAUCUGCUGAAUUCGUUGAAGAAUAUAUGUCUGUGAUGAUUUUGGUACCAAUGCUGUUAAUACUGAUUUUGUUAGCAGCAUUAGUUGUCUGGAAGUACCGCAACAGCAUGAAGAUGUGGAUUUACAACAAGUACGGUGUUCGGCUUUUCGAAAAGAAUGAUUAUCCAGCAGAGAGUGAAAAACUAUUCGAUGCCUUCGUGUCCUACUGUAAGAAAGACGAGGCAUUUGUUACCCAGAUGGUUGCGCCAGAACUUGAAUGUGGAUUACCACCCCAAAGAUUGUGUUUAAGAUACAGAGAUCUCCCGACAUCAAGAUACAUGGCAGAGACAAUUUCUGAAGCAGUGGAGUGUAGUUUCUGUAGCAUUGCUGUCGUUUCAGAGCAGUAUCUUAAAAGUGAAUGGUGCAUCUUUGAACUUAAAGCUUCUUAUCAUGAGAGUCAAUGCAACCGAAGGCACAAAGUCAUCAUUAUUCUUUUGAAUAAAGUAGAUCUAAAAGAACUAGAGCCUGAUGUGAGAGCUUGUUUUAAGGCAGCACUUAUAAUUCAUUGGGGAGAUCGUCGAUUUUGGGAGAAGCUUCGGUAUGCAUUGCCAGAAGGUCGUAAUCAUAGGCAUCACAUGAAUUGCUCUGAAAAUAAACUUUCAACGACCUUGAGAAGAUCAUCACUUUCGAACUCAAUAAAACUUGUAUAACACAAAUAUUUAUAACCAAAAAAGAGGAAGGUCUAACAAUAUGAUUAACUGCUCGUUGUGUAUUUUUCGGAAAUAUUGUACAGCUCAGAUGUCUAAAAAUAAAAACUACACUCGGAAUAAAUAUAUGAAGAAUGUUUGACAAUAAUGACCACACAAAUUGGAAUAUUCAUGUUUAAUUAUAUAAUAUUUAGAAACAUUUAUCUUGAAUGUCAAAAUAUUUGUCGUGUUUUCAAUGUCCAGUUCAAUUCUAUUCCAAGAAUAAAUGAGCUCUGCUCAAAAUUUAAUAAUUCAUUUUUGAAAACGUUUGCAUGAAGUUGUAUUUUUAGUGUCAGCUAUUUUCAAGAAUUCACAUUCCGGAAAUAAACCUAUGCAAGUGUCAUACCUACCACGAUCGAGAUUAUUUCUUUUUGAACUUUUAAGCAGAAAGAGAAACUUCAGCAGGUUUCGAAAAAUGCAGAAUUUGUGUAAUUUUGUUAAUGUUGCUAUAACAAAAGAAAUAGUUAUUGCUUUUGUGUAAAGCAGCUAAUA